AUGAAUAUUCAGGCUAUAAUCUGCUCAUUUGUUACUGCAUUUGGUACGGUAAUGAUAUGUAUGACAACGAGAACUGUUGACGACGAUGGUGAAUUCAAAGGAAAAACAAAGGUGGUGAUUAUGUCUGUGGGAAUUGCGCUGACGGCUAUUGGUGGACUAGGAUACGUGUUUACCAUAUACGAAGUGAUUAGGCGAGGACAUCAAAAACUCGUAAAAGGAGAGAAACGCAAACUUGAGGAACAGGUCCAACGAAGGAGAGAAACAUUGGCCAAGGAGGCUAGCAGAAAGGGAACGAUGAAGAUGAUGAAUGGAAUUGCUUCAACACAUUCGCGUGAUGAUACAGUUGUGAACGUUUAG